GCGGCCAUGGCGGCCAUGGCGGGAGCGCUGGUGCGGGCCGGCCGCACCGCGGCCCUGCGGGGAUCGCCGUCACCGCUGAGGGCGGCCCGGGCGCUCCUGGUUUGCAGGCUGAAGUCAUCAGUCAGCUUUCUUACUCGACCAGAUCGACCAAAUAUUGCUUAUCAGAAACUAAAGGGGAGGAAUCCAGGGGUUAUUUUCCUUCCAGGCUUCAAUUCAAAUAUGAAUGGUCAGAAAGCAACUGCCCUUGAAGAUUUCUGCAAAUCAUUAGGUCAUGCCUUCAUCAGAUUUGACUAUACAGGAUGUGGAAGUUCAGAUGGUAAAUUUGAAGAGUGUACAGUUGGGAAGUGGAGGAAAGAUGUUCUGUCUAUACUGGAUGAACUUACCGAUGGACCACAGAUUCUGGUGGGCUCCAGCAUGGGUGGAUGGCUGAUGCUUCAUGCUGCAAUAGCACGCCCAGAUAAAGUAGCUGCUCUGGUUGGAGUAGCUGUAGCAGCAGAUCACGUUGUAACAAGUUUUAAGAGGCUUCCCAUUGAGGCACAAAAAGAAAUAGAAGAAAAGGGUGAAUGGAAGUAUCGAACAAAGCAAAAUGAGGAAGGAUAUUACUCCUUGACCUAUGACUUUAUCAGAGAAGCAGAAAAUCACUGUGUGCUGAACAGUCCUAUUCCUGUAACAUGUCCCAUACGCCUUAUCCAUGGCAUGAGGGAUGGUGAUGUCCCUUGGGAGAUCUCUAUGCAAGUUGCCGACCGUGUUUUGAGCAAGGACGUGGAUGUUAUCCUCCGUAAAAUCGGCCAGCAUCGGAUGAGUGACAAGGAGGAUACAAAGCUCCUUGUGAAUACUGUUGAUGAUCUAAUUGACAAGCUGUCAACGGUAGCAUAAGCUGAAGAGUAGCAUUAGUGCAUGAGCUCUACACCUGACUCUUUUCCUUGAGUUACAGAAGCCCUGUUCUUACCCAGAUGGUGGCAGGCCUGUGACUGUCACAGUAGGAACUAAGCUUUAUCUGCUGUUUCCUUACCUCUGUUUGGUAAAUACAGGUAUUGUAUUAUUGCUGCAUUUGCACACAGUCCAAAGUGUGAAGGAGUGCUGCUAUUGUGUUCAGACCCUCUCCUUCACCACUUUAACCGUUUUUUUCACAAAUUUCCUACAAUUUUGUACUGACAUGUUGAUUACUUUUUGUUACUAUUGGCCUGUACAGUAAAACUUUAUUUUUGCAUCUUUGACACCUAUUGUCCCUCCUCUGUACCAUCAUUCUAUCUUAUGUCUGAAACCGUCUGUGCAAGGCAAAAUACAGCUUGAGUGUUUACUGAAGUUAGUUAUUAGUAUAGUGAGUACCAUGAAAUGCAAUAAACAGAUUUCAGAUAAAUGGUUAUUUUGUUCUCAAAUGCAGUUAAAAAGUGGAAGGCACACCCUGAUGGUGUGCUUGGGGUACUGCAUAGGGAAGAAUUUGACUUUGAAGAAUGCAGGGCCUCAAAGCCUUAAGAACUCUUUAUCUGUGUUUAUCAGGAGGGUGUGUCAUCUUCUCCAGGCUGCCUGUCUGUCGUUGUUCAUUUGUGGGCCUACUGUUAAGGGAACAAUAAAUAAUCUUGGUGUAAACUGAAACUGGAUCAAUAAGGUGACUUUAAUAGGAACUUCUUCAAAAUGGAGAGUACAGUGCCACAGAGCACUAAUGCCUGCUUCCCAUGACUUGAGAGUUGUGGAUUACUGGGAACAGGAAAUUCUUCUUCAUUACUCUUCUUCUUGUCAAAUUGUCUUCUUCAGCUGCUUAAGUCCAACCCUGAGAAGCUGUAAAUGGAACUCGAUAGUUGGAUAAUUCUUAAAAUGUAAAUCCAUAGAAUUUAAUAGGAAAUUUAUUUAAUUGCAAAUAUGAGUGUUACCUGGGUUUUGUACAGAAAUACAGUACCAUUCAUACAAUUGAGAGAGAGGAGCUUAGGUGAGAGGCUGCAAUUAAUGUGUACUAUCAGUCAAAAGCAUAUAAUUGUUUCUGGGUUUAUUAUUUGAAGUAGUAAAUGACAUCACUAUUGUUACCUUAAAAGACUGAAGCUGCUGGGGGUAAGGUAUUUCUAGAGAGUUUGUCAUUUUCAGUUUUAGCUAUGUCAGUAGAAGUGUGCUGAACAGGGCUUUGCUGAGGUAGUGGGUUUUAAUUAAAAACACUACAAACAACUGAAGUAAAAAAAACAAAAAUAAUCCAAACAGAAAUCAAGCAAAAAACCCAGCAACAACAAAACCUACAUUUCAGAUUGCUUCCUAUGAAGUACAGUUUUAUUUAGGCUUCAAUACUGUGAAAAACAAGAAGCUGUGAUAUAAAAAAAAAUUGAAUUUUGAUAUAAAAGUGAAAAAGAUGGCUCUUGUUUAAAUGCAGAUUUUCUGCUUAAAGUACCAAUUCCCUAACUCAAUUAGUCACAGAAUCAUAGAAUGGUUUGGCUUGGAAGGGACCUCAAAGAUCAUCUAGUUUCAACCUCCAUGCCAUGGGCAGGGAUAUCUUCCACUGGACCAGGUUGCUCAGAGCUCCAUCCAACCUGGCCUUGAACACUUCCAGAAAUGGGGUAUCCAACAGGCAACAUGUUCCAGUGCCUCACAGUAAGGAAUUUUUCCCUAAUUAUCUGAUCUAAACCUGAGUUUGAACCCAUUCUCCCCCUUGUUGUGUCACAACAUACUUUUUAAUAAAUAGUCUCUAUCCAGCUCAGGAUAACCUAGAUUGGGAUAAUUGCUUGGGGAAUUAGAACAUUUCAUGAAAUCUUGUUCCCAAGUAUUUCUGGCAUAGACUGGUCUUCUGUUUGUAUCACUAUGCAAUUCACUUUAGCUUUAAAACCUCUGGAAUAUGUUUUUAACUUUUGAGAAAUUAAAUGCAAAUUGCAUUGCUGGAGUUGGAACUGUGUUCAUGUUUAUGUAGUGUUAAGCAGCUGUCAUCUUUAUAUGUGUUUGUAUGACUUGCAUCUGAUAAGACCUAAAAAAUGGAUUUUGUGAGUUUUAAAGAUGCAGUCAAAUCAAAAUUACUUCAAAACGUUGUGCCCUAAGCCAUGAGGUUUUUUUUUAAAUUCAGUUUUGUCACAUCUUAGAUUGGUUUGGCUCAUAAUCAAAGAAAAGGCUGAAACAAGUGGACUGCAGUAAUUCCAAAGUAAUUACUUUUAAUUAAUUUAAUUUAAUUAAUGCCAAGAGUUACCAGUUAUAAUAGAUGUACUUUUUUGUGACACAUAUUAAAGUUAUUUCAGUGACUGAAAAGUUUUGAGCCUAUUUUUUUAAUAGGAAGUUCUAAAUGUAAACAUUCAAUUUAGUGCUUCAGACAAGGAAAAGGCUUUGUGUGCCUGUAUAAACUGUAGCUGUCUAUUCCUCUUGAAGGACUUGCAUUGUAUUCAUGCUUCAUGUUAGCCUUUAUUAAAUAAUUGAUAUUUUACAGUUAAGGUGUCUGUUGCAGUGCCUUAGAGCAAGAUAGGUGAAAGCAAAUGUGAAGUGGAGCAGUUGUAAAUAGUUUUCAGGAGGUUUUUUUUUCCUUGUUUGCUGUUGGUGUUUUGUGUUGUUGCCCCCUCCAUUAUUCUGCUGUAAUAACAGGAGGUGGGAGAAUUCAGUGUAACAGGGUUGACACAAUUGUUGAGAAUACAAAACUGCAGCAUCAGUGGCUGAAACCACAGCAUUACUGAAAACUCGAUUCUAGGGAAGGGGGUUUUGCUGCCACUUGUUUUGUAGUUCUGUUUUCCUUCUCUGCUGGCUACAUGGAGAUCAGCGGUAGCAUUUACAGUGCAGGUGCACCCAGUGUUUGUUACAUAUGGCCUAAAUGCAAAGGCAGAGAUGAUACUUUCUUCAUAAAGACAGUAUUCCAGGUAGUGUUUUGAAAUUCAGGGAAUGCUAGAGUCCUCUCUGUGCUCGCUUUUUGGUUUUCUAAGUCUGGUUUGCUUAAGUAUGAAGAGCUGGCUCUGAGGAAGACCUUGUGCAGACAGACCUUUUUCUCUGACUUUGCUGUGGUAGUUCCAUUGAUACUUUCAUGUAUAUAUAUAUAUACUUACUUUUACUUUGCAAGCAUAAGCAUUUUCCCUGUGUUCAUGCAGGAAAUUACUAAAGUUUUGACUGUUGUCAUCUUGGCAUGUUCAGAUGACUGAAAGAAGGCAUAGUGAUAACUAGAGAGAUUUGCAUCCUACCUCUGAGCCACUGUUGACCUACCAGGAAAUUCUGACAAUCUGAAAUAAUGGCAUUUUCACAUAUUAGUGUCAUUCCAAAUUGGUACUGUUUUGUCCACUGCAUUAAUGCCUACACAGGCAUCUACUAAUAUUCUCCAUAUUAGUCAUGUUUAAAAACUAGUAUUUCAUUCCUCUGUAGAGAUACUGUAUUAAAAUAGGAUAUUACACACUUGGAAAGCUCUGCAUGGUGAAGAUUCUUAAAAUCCUUUCUAAUGAAUUAUGUUCUGGUUUGGUUGUUUGGUUUUUUUAACAGACUGCUGAUUUGUUGACAAAUGCAAAGUAUAUUUAGUGAAUAUAUAAUGUACAUUUCCUCAACAAUAAUUGAUUAACAUGAAAUAAUCAGUUUCUAAAGCAUAUUCAACUUGUUUCCUAAUAAACAAGUGCUCAUAUUCUGCUUAUAUUGAGCUGUACUUACACAGUUUUAGAUACAUAUAUUUUUAUCUUGUUAAAUAUUCUAAUUGUUUUGUCUCUCCUCUUGUUUGACUUUGUAUUACACACCAGCUGGCUUGGGUUUCUUGGUUUUGGGGGGUUUUUUGACUUAAUUGGUGGUGUUUCAUUUAGUUUCAGUUUAACUAAGCUGUUUUCUCUUGCUUCAACACUAAAUGCAAACAAGGCAGUGUUCACAAAAAAGCCUGUCUGGAUAGGCCUUAGAAGAACCACCUCCUGCUGUUUCAUUUUUAUGUUAAUUUUGGUUACAUGCUCUCUUGGACAUGCUGUUAUUCAAUGGGGCUAAAAGAUUUAUGGUACCAUACUUUUCAUAUCAAAUUAAAACGUGCUUAGAAAGGAACAUUCAACUGGUGACUUGUCUGCAGCUGUUCAAGUAUCUUCAGUGCUCUGCUCAUGGUUCAACACAGAUUUGCAACAUUUUCUGAACCAGUGCUGUGGUCAGAGUUUCUACAUUAGGUUUGUGCUUGUAAUUUCGUUUUCCUCUGUGGCAGGAAAAAGCCCAAACAAGUGGGAGGGAAAAUUCUGUCCUGGAGAACAAUGAGAUUUGAACUUGUUUCCUAAGCUACUCAGUUAAGCUGCUACCAAGAGACCUAGCUUAUCCUUUCACAUUUUUUUAGUUUUUGUAAGUGCUGAAAGUUAUGGCCAUACUAAAGGCUUGCAGGGUUCUGUGUUUGUCCUGUCUUUGAGAUGAGCAAUCACUCUGCUUUGUGUUGAUGACCAAAUUGAUUAAGAGGUGUACGAAUGUAAAAUUCCAUCAAAGCUUGGUGAAAAUUCAUCAGCUGUGUAAGGAAUGCAGACAGAAAUACCAAACAUCUGUGUGCACUAUCACCCUUCUAAGUUUGUUCUCAAGUCCAGCCGGGGCAGGAAAGGCAGAGGGAACUCAGCCAUUGCAUUAAAUAGCAGCCAGUUUUCUGAGCAUUAGGUUUUAAUGCCCCUGUCCAUGACACUUUGCUCCUGGCAGGUAUUUCCUAGGGGAAGAUUUUACUGUUGGGAAAGAGAGGCAGAGAUGAAGGUCAGAAAUGCACUGCUCAUAGAUUUACUGCUUGUUGGUAAAUUUUUAUAGCUCAGUUUUGCUUUGUGACUGUAGCACCUCAUCUCUCUUCAAUAUGUAUUUGCCUGUAACAGAAAAAUGUUACAUUCUUGAUCAUGUAAUGUGUAAAUCUAAAUUACAGGACUUACUGCAGUUUGGUUGUAGGCUUGACCUUGUAUUUCUCUUUAAAGUCUUGCAUAUGUAUGUUAUGUAGUUCAUCAGUGCUUCUUUUCCAUUGAAGAGAAAGGGGCAUCCUCCACAUGAUGCAGUAAUUGCAGCUCACAGGUAGACACACAUUCAACCUGCUGGAGUCUCUUGAUUUGGGUCUGUCAAGGAGCUUCAGCUCUGCAUUUAUAUUUGGAAGGAAAAGCAAAUGACAGCUCCUGAAACUUCCAGUUGUUUGGUUCUGAAAUUAAAAAACAUAUUUGAAAUGUUUCUAGGCUAGCACGUGAAAGGUUGUGCUCUUUUGGGGCCUUCUGAUCUGCACCAUGCUGUUCACUUGCCUCCCACGUGGCAACAUGAGAAGGUCACUGCUGCCUGCUGGGGUGGCAGCAGGUGCUCCUGUCGGUGGCAAAGGUCUGCUGAACAGCAGCAGGCUUAGGGCUUGGAGUGAUGCAAGUGGGCUGCCCAGACUGUAGCCUGGGAAAAGCAUUCCCUGAAGGCUGCCUAGGAUCAGACCUUACAAGAAUCCUCAGUUUUGGGGUUUAAUUGUUUAUAGCUUGCUGGCAGAAAGUGUGCCAGAAUGUGCUAGUCCUUGGGACAGUAGCUCUUGAAAAAGUUCCUUAGGGCAGAGCUAAAUCCCUUACCAUAAAAAGCAGCAUUUAUGUAGUUACAGGAUUUGAUCUUUUAGGCAGUUUUUGAUUGUAAAUUUUGCUGUCUUUUUCACCUAUGUUUCAGUGAAAUAAAGUUGUUGCUUCCUUUCUGUUC